AAGCGCCCGUACGGUGUAGGGUGACUUUGACCCGUUGCUCUCAUGUCUCAGGCCGGAAGUCUCUCUGAAAACCGUACGUCCGCUUCUCAAGAUGCUUCUCAAGAUGCGCUAUUAGAUCCUACAACAUUCGUCUUUCCUAAACCAUUUGAAUCCAACACCAUCACCAUCGAGUUUUGUGAUAGAUGUCGUUGGCUUCACCGAGCAACAUGGAUUCAAACAGAACUUUUCGUAACAUUCGGACCCUCAGUUAUUGGCACUAUUAUUCUCGUCCCUAGAAUUUCAGAUGAAACUGCUGGAAGGUUCCGAGUUUGGCUUUCUAUGCCCGGAACCGAACAGUCCCAGCCGAUUCUAGUAUGGGAUAGAAAAGUGGAAGGCGGCUUUCCAGAGUUGAAGGUUCUUAAACAACGAAUCCGUGAUAGAGUUCAACCGGAGAAGUCUCUUGGACAUUCGGACAGGCAUUGAAUUCGACACGCAUCGUUGCCAGUGGUAUAUCGGACAAUACGUAAGGCAGAGGCAUGAAAACUUGUACAGUAUCGUAGUGAAAACAAACACCCAAGAAUGCUAGUGCACGCUCAUAAUUUAG